CCACCCACCCACCCCCUCCUUACCAAACCGCACCCACCCACCACCGUCAAUGGCGGAGCACCACCACCAGCAGCAGCAUCAUCCCAUAAACACCAACACUCAUUUUCAUCAAAAUAAUGUAUAUUCUACGUCAAAACUCCUAGCAGUCCUGACCCUCUUUCCCAUUGGCGGCCUCUGCUUCCUUCUCUCCGGCCUCAUUCUCACCGGAACUCUUAUCGGACUCACCAUCGCCACUCCAGUUUUCUUCAUUUUCAGCCCCGUUCUGCUCCCGGCGAUACUGACCGUCGGGUUGAUGGUCACCGGGUUCUUAACGUCGGUAGCUUUUGGAAUCACGGCUCUUUCAUCACUAGCCUACAUAGUGAGCUACUUCCGGCGGACGAGUGGCUGGAGACGUAAGAGGAGAGGUUAUACAACUGGGUAUUUGGGCCAGAAGGUGAAAGAUAUGGGCCUAAAGACCCAAGAAACGGAUUGGGCCUGAGGUCUUGUGAAGCUGGUAAUGGGUCUAGUUGGGUAGGGCCUGUAGAUUUAAUAAGGUUCUUGAUGUUAUUGUUGUUGUGUAAUGGUUAUAUGCAGAUGAAUAAAGAAUAAGGAAAUCAAAUAAUGUAA